AAGGGAAGGGAGUUAAUAAAAGCCUUAAUAUGUUUCUGAGGGACUUCCCAGGCGCGUUCAAUUUUUUGUUUAAAAACCAGCUUCAUUUCAUAAUUCUUAUUUAAUUAUAUCUUUAACCACGAGCUAAAACGAUCUCGAAUAUCAUGGAAUCAAAAAAUUUUUUAACUCUUACAGUAUACGUUUUGAUUUUAUUCGUGUCGAUCGAAAAUAUAUUUACGUUAUCAAUUUCCUGUAUCAACUUUGAAAAUAAAACUGAGAUUCCUAAUAUCGUGAGCAGAAAGGAAUGGCAAGCUAGACCACCGAUUGCCCGAGAGUUAAUGGACAAAACGCCAAAACCUUACGUGGUCAUUCAUCACGGAGGGAUAACUCACUACUGUUACGAUGUGAAAACGUGCUCAGCGAUCGUAAGAGAAUACCAAAACUUGCAUUUGGACGAACGAGGCUGGUACGACAUUGGUUACAGUUUCGUUAUAGGCGAAGAUGGAAAUGCUUACGAGGGUCGAGGCUGGGAUUACGUUGGAGCGCAUGCACCUGGUUAUAACACGCAGAGCAUUGGAAUAUGCAUCAUCGGUGACUUCAGUAAUAGACUUCCCAACAAUGCAGCUCUGAAGACAUUAGAAGCUUUGAUCAAAUACGGAGUGUCCCUUGGCAAAAUCAGUCAAGAUUACCAUAUUAUAGGACAUCGGCAAACUAAAAAUACUCUUUGUCCAGGCGACAAAUUUUAUGAAUACGUUCAAAAAUUAGCACGAUGGACGGCUAGACCAGUACCAAAAAAUUCGACAACAUCAUGAUCAUGUAAAUGACCAUUGUUGGAGAAAUGAAAAUAUAUCGAUGAAUAAUGAUAAA